GCUCGUCACGAGAAUAAUUAACUAACUUCAACACAACCCGCGGGCGGUGCAUGUACCUACGAUUCCGCUGUCACAUCGUCCGUCUCUUGUUCUGUGUGUUCAUUGUGUCAGACAUGGAAAUAAUAUUACGAAGUCACACUACAUAAUGAAUGUUUUGUGAUACUGUUAUUUUCGCCGCAUAGGCUGUACAGCUGUUUAUUCAGGUUUCACAAAUUUGGAUUGGACAAAAAAGUUUUCCAUCUGGUUUAAAUGUUUUAAACCCUAAAACAUGUUCACAAGCGGCAUAAAGACUCUGAAUGAUAUGGUACUUGGCUCUUGGUCUCAGACUCCCGAGGUGACCAGUCCUGGUGUCCUGGGCCGAAUCGGGAGCUGGUUCUCCCCUUGGAGAGAGAGGGGGAACCCCGGCAGUUCCAGUAACGAUGCAUCUAACUCCCCAUCGGACGGCCAGAGCCCCAAGUCAGAGGAACAGGGGGCCAAGGGGGAGCCUGUGAAAAGAGGGGAAAGGCAAGAGGAGGGACAAAAUUCCCAGUCUUCCAAGCGGAAUCUCUCUAAGGAUUUUAAGAAGACAGACGCCCGACAGUCUACCCACAGGGACAGCCUUCCCUCCGCAACCAGCAGCCACAGAGAGCCCAGAGGAGGAGGUCCUGGGGACAAGGAGGAGUGGCUGAUUGCCUCUCGAGUAGAGGAGAGGGAGGAGGCUCAGAGACGGAGCAGUGGAGCGUGCCAGAAUCCUGCCCCGGAGAGGAAUUCCGGCCCUCCAACACGUGUGCUUUCAUCUUGCCUUGAAAAGGGAGCGGCCUGUGAGGACUCUGACCGUGGGGAACACACCCAGGCCCUGCUCCGAGCCCCCAUCCAGGGAGGCAAGAGGCUGAAUGUGUACCUGGAGGAGACCAGUGUGACCCAGAUCGGAACUGACGCCCAGACAAAGAACCGGGUUCUCCAAACCACCACCACCCGGGUGAAGACAAACAUCCAGGGUGUCUCCAGAGCAAAGUCAUACAAGAGUGUUGACCUCUCAUCAGAGAACAUCAAGAGGACUGAGAAGCACACCCCCGGGGUCAAAUGUCAUAGCGGUUACGGCGCGCCGGUGGGAGUGCUGCGUAAGUCUCCAACAGAGACACAGAAUAGCUCACAGAUAAUCCCUGAGAAGUCAGUCACAGACAGAGUCACAGACAGAGUCACAGACAGAGUCACAGACACAAUGGGGAAAAAGAGGCGCUCCAGGAAGAGCUCCUCUGGAGACGGAGGAACCAGUUCUCAGGAGAACACACCCACCAAACUCCAGCCUGCUUCUACAUCAUCAGUCUACAACCUACCCACGCCCGGAGAUUCCACCCAUUUCUCCUCCAUUAAAGACAAACAGGCCUCAGGCAUAUCGCAGAGGGCCAAUAGUCCCUCCGUCUGUGGCCGGGGGCAAGACAACCCCCAGCAGGACCAAGACCAGCCAGUACACGCCACCCUGGUGACAGUGGUGGACGGGGAAGGGGACGUGGACUUGUCCAAUGACGCCAGCCCGUGCCGGGUCGAGAGGCGCACAGAGAGUGCGGAGUCCAAACGGCGGAGCAUGAAAGUGUCCCAUGGCGAGGUGAAGUUCUUUGCAAAGAAAGUGGUUGUCGACCCGGAGCAGCCUCUGAGUCCAGUGGAAGAUGGUGGACACGUAGCCCCGGGCUUUAGCAAUGAAAGAAUGGAAACAAGAAAGGAUUCAGAGGGAAUGGAUGAGGGGAAUCUGAAACCAGAGCAGAGACCAACUCAUCUGAAGAAAGUGGAUGAGGAAACCAAUACCCCUCCUCGACCUAUUGGGCGGAUCGCAGAUAGGAUCAGCCUGUUCGAGGGGAGGGCAACGGGGGUUUCCAGUCCCGGCAAAACGAAUCCGAGGAGCGCAAAUGUUUCUCCCGCUCGGAAAGUCACAGAGCGACUAAGGACAGAUGUAGAAAGAGAGGCAGAGCUUCCGAAUCAGCGGGCAAAGUCAUUAGAACGUGAAAGCGUCAGGUCCAGAUCGGCCCCUCCUAUCCAAAACAAAGUACUGAUGCCGGAGCGCAUGAAGAACUCGGCGGAGGCUCACAAGAUGGGGGACAAAACAACACUGCUCCAACUGACUUCUGGUGGGGCAGGAAUUACCAGAGAUGCUAAAUUUUCUCCUGCUCCUGCUGUGUUAAACAUAAAACUGGACAUUCAGGAUGAACUGGCCAGCGCAGAGAAUACUUCUACUCCAACCUCCCUGAAUGCAAGGAUAACAUCCAAACCACAGGCAGAUGCCUCCAAAGCAGCCGUCCUUCUGUUUCCUAAGGAAGAUGAGACAGACUCCAAAACAAAGGACAAAGAGGCUACUAAAACGGUGGACUUACCAAAGACACCUACCAAUAUUGACCUAAAUAUUUCAGCUAAAGGGGGGAGUGAUCCAAACUCAACCCCAUUGACCCCUCAGGUGUGCUCAACUAAUGCUGUCAGUCAACAAUCCAAAGCCCCCGGCAGGCAAAACUCCAGAUCCAAGAGAAGGAAAAGCAAAGGAGAAGAGUCAGCCAAUUUGAGCUGUGACAUUAGACAGGACGUGAGACACCCAGAGCAGGAGAUCGUCAACAGCAAACAGGAAGAGGCAGGCACAACAAAGAUGUCUGCUUCAUCUGAACACGGUGUUAAGGCCAUUACAUCACCAGAAGCUAGUCAAUCUGUAAAUGUUGAUUUAGAUUUUAAAAAGAAACUAGUCAGCGAAAAAAGCAAGCAAAAAGUCAGUAAAACUGAAAGUAAACAAGAGAAAAGCACAAGGCAGAAAAUGGACACUGCACCUGAGCACGAAGUAAUGACGCUCACAUCACCAAAAUCUAAUCAAUCUGUAGACAUUGAGUCAAAUGUAAAAAAACAAUCAGUCUGUGAAAACACCCAGCAAACAGCCAUUAAAUCUGAAAGUAAACCAGAGACACGCACAAAAAAGAAAAUGUCCACUGCUUCUGAACAUAAUGCAAAGAAGGUAACAUUGCCACAACCUAGUCAGUCUGUAGAUGUUGUCUUUGAUGUAAGAAAACAAUCAGUUGUUGAAAAUAACCUAUCUGAAAUUAAACAAAAACAGACAGGUAUAAAAAAGAAAAUGGUGGCUGCUUCUGAGUGGGAGGUAAAGAAGGUAAUGCCGCAACAACCUUGUCAAUCUGCAGACGGUGAAUCUGAUGUUAAAAAAACUGUCAAAUCAGUCAGUGAAGACAGCCAGCAAACUGCCUGUAAGACGGAAAGUGAACAACAGACAGGCACCAAAAAGAGGUCUGCUGUGUCUGAGCAGGAUGUAAUAAAAGUCCAAUUACCACUAUCUAUUCAGAAUGUAGAGAUUAAAACAAAAGUUGAAAAACAGUCAGUCAGCGAGAAAAGCCAGCAAACCCCCCAAAAAUCUGAAAGUAAACAAGAGACGGGCACAACCGCUAAAAUGGCGGCUGCUUCUCAGGAGGAGGUAAAGAAUGUAACAUCACAACAGCCUAGACAAUCUGUGGACAUUGAAUCUGAUGUUAAAAAACAGUCCGUCAGUGAAGACAGCCAACAAACUGCGUGUAAGACGGAAAGGGAACAAGAGACAGGCACCAAAAAGAUGUCUGCUGUGUCUGAGCAGGAUGUAAUAAAAGUCCAAUUACCGCAAUCUAUUCAACAUGUAGAUAUUAAAACAAAAGUUGAAAAACAGUCAGUCAGUGAGAAAAGCCAGCAAACCCCCCAAACAUCUGAAAGUAAACAAGAGAUGGUCACAAACACUAAAAUGGUGUCUGCUUCUCAGGAGGAGGUAAAGAAUGUAACAUCACAACAACCUAGACAAUCUGUGGACAUUGAAUCUGAUGUUAAAAGACAGUCAGUCAGUGAAGACAGCCAGCAAACUGCCAGUAAGACGGAAAGUGAACAAGAGACAGGCACCAAAAAGAUGUCUGCUGUGUCUGAGCAGGAUGUAAUAAAAGUCAAAUUACCGCAAUCUAUUCAACAUGUAGAUAUUAAAACAAAAGUUGAAAAACAGUCAGUCAGUGAGAAAAGCCAGCAAACCCCCCAAAAAUCUGAAAGUAAACAAGAGACGGGCACAAACACUAAAAUGGUGGCUGCUUCUCAGGAGAAGGUAAAGAAUGUAACAUCACAACAACCUAGACAAUCUGUGGACAUUGAAUCUGAUGUUAAAACACAGUCAGUCAGUGAAGACAGCCAGCAAAUAGCCAGUAAGAUGGAAAGUGAACAAGAGACAGGCACCAAAAAGAUGUCUGCUGUGUCUGAGCAGGAUGUAAUAAAAGUCAAAUUACCACAAUCUAUUCAACAUGUAGAUAUUAAAACAAAAGUUGAAAAACAGUCAGUAAGUGAGAAAAGCCAGCAAACCCCGCAAAAAUCUGAAAGUAAACAAGAGACGGGCACAAACACUAAAAUGGUGUCUGCUUCUCAGGAGGAGGUAAAGAAUGUAACAUCACAACAACCUAGACAAUCUGUGGACAUUGAAUCUGAUGUUAAAAAACUGCCAGUCAGUGAAGACAGCCAGCAAACUGCCAGUGAAAAAGAGAGUAAACGGGAUUCAGGGACAAAAAAGAAAAUGGCGGCAACUUGUCAGCAGCAGGUAAAGAACAUAAUGUCACAACAACGUAGUCAAUCUGUGGAGGUUGAAUUUGAUUUUAAAAACGAGUCUGUCCAUGAAAACAAACGUCAAACAGUUAGAAAAACUGAAGGUAAACAAAAAGAAACACCUGAACCGGAGAUAAAGAGGAUCACAUUGACACAUUCCAGUCAAUCUGUAGAUUUAAAAAAACAAUCACUAAUUGAAAACCGCCCACAAAUAGCAAGUAAAACUGAUAGUGAAUUUGAAGAGGCCUAUACAAAAGAGAAAAUGGCUGCUAUAUCUGAGCAGAAGAUUAAGACCACAACAUUGCCACAAUGUAGUCAGUCUGUAGAAUUGAAAGCAGAUAUAAAAAAAGAGCCUGUCCAUGAAAACAGCUGGCAAACUGCCAGAAAGACUGAAUGUAAACAAGAAGAAAUACACACUGAAAAGAAAAUGGCUGCUGAGUCUGAGCAUGAGGCAAAGAUGGUCAUAUCGCCACAUUCUCGUCAGUCUGUAGACGUUAAAUCAACUGUUAAAAAACAUUCUCUGAUUGAAAACAGCCUACAAACAGCCAGUAAGAAUGAAAGUGAACAAGUAGAGACAGGCAUGAAAAAGAAAAUGCCUACUGCGCCUGAGCCGGAUGUAAAGACAGUCACGUUGCCGGCCUCUGGUCAGUCUGUAGACACUGAAUCAGAGUUAAAAAAAGAGUCAGUUGGGGAAAACGUCCAGGAAGCAGUGUGUAAAAAACCAGCUCUCUCAGAGGAGCAGAGAAACGGGGACAAUAAAACACAGGGCCCUGUCCUUGGCAACACUGUUGACAUUCUACCAUCACAUGGUUCUAGGCCAGAAAAGACACAGGGAAGCAGCUCUGGGGAGACGUCCAUGGUUAAGACAGAACCACAUGUUUCCAAGGAGAACAACAAAACAGCCCUGCUUUCACUUAUGCCUGAGAAAGAAAUACCCCAGGUCCAAGAUCUCACUCCUUUGGAGCAGGGCUCAUUUGUCCAGCCCAAUGAAGUUGACCCAUCAAGAAGUCCUGAGGAGAAAACAGCGGAGACAGAUAAAGGUGACACAAAGGAUUUGCCCUCAGGCAAUAGACAAGACACCCCGGAGACAGUCGCUAUCAAGUCAAAGGACCCAAAGCUCAUUAUGACGGCAGUCUCACCCAAAUCAGUGUUGGAGCAGUUAGAUCCCGCCUCCGCACCGACUUUAACUCCUAUCAUGCCUCCAGCCUCACUUACUCCGACACAGCAUUUUCAGUCGGCCAAUCAUGUUGCCACUCUGGUCAAUGAGACAACAAAGGGAACAGAGAGUGAUAGAUGUGCGGCCGAGCAUCCCACAGAAGGACUGUCUACACACGUGCCUGAACAUAAAAUCAAAUUUUGCCAUCAGGACACUCUGUUAAAAAAGCAACAAAGCUGGGACUCAGAGAAGCAUGUCACAUCAUCUGAGGCGAAAACAGAUAAAUCUAGCCAUGACAAACUGACAAAUGCAAUGAGCGCUGCCUCAGAACUGACCCUUUUAAAGCCAACCACUACAGUGCCAGUAGCAGGGAAGGACACGGAGGCCUCAAAACCUACAGUGGUAGAUUCCCCUCAGAGUCCUUUGGAGACCAAAGCCCCAGGACAGACAAGUCAAGGGGAGAAAUUACGUCUGAACGCACUAAAUGGGAAUCUCCCUGGGCCGGAGCCGAAGAGCAGUCAGGGGCUGGAUGUUGGGAAGGAGAACUCAACUGUAAAGUGUGUAGUCCCAGAGGAAAACAAAUCUGAGGCUAUGAAGGAAGUGAUCACUCUGCCAAGCCAAUCAGAGAGUGGGGACUUGGAAAAAGCAAUUACUUUGCCCACUAGAAAGGUGGAGGGUGGAAAAGAGAAAGCAAACAAACAACAGUCAUCUACUAGUAGUAUGACAGCUGAUGAAAUGCCAGUGAUAAUGGUAUUAAAGCCUCCACUGAUCGGGAAUGGUGAACUAUGCCCAGUAACACAGCCCCAGAAAACCAAUGACAAAUCAGCAUGGCUCACUAGUCCAGAUAAAGCUCAGAAAAUACCAUCUUCUGCUGAAACCACCAGACAUUUCCCAGAGUCUUCCCAGCAUCCUGCCCUGGUUAAGCUUCCAUUACAGGGGGACAGCGGCGGUGUCUUGCCCCCCCAGCGGGACAGCCCAUCCAGCUGGCUGGACGUGGACCAACGCUUCCUUAAGCCAAAGCACCUCCGCCCCCCCGAAACCAAGCUCAGCUCGUCGGUCAGUGACAGCGACCUCUUGGACACGUCUGGAGAACUGGACGACGACUUCAUUGAGAACAUCAAACGCCUCGGCACGCCUUUCUCACUGCCGCCGCGGAAGAACCACCACUCACAUCACCCCAAGCCACCGUUCGCCCUGCCCGCCAUUCGGGAGGACCGUUUCGAGAAGCCCUUUGACCCCGAGGAGUUCCAGUUUGGCCUGAGCAAGAAGAGGUUCUCAGUUGAUACGACCCAGGGUCUUUUGACUAAGCUCAAGAGCAACGAGGUAAAGGGGGAGCUGAAGCCGGCAAGAGCCAGCCUGAUAGACAGGGGCAGCAUGCUAUUAAAGAGCCUUGACACACACUCCAGGCCACUCUUGGAGAGGGAGAAGACCACAGACGAGGGUGAUCGGGAGGAGAAGAAAGAGGAGCAAGUGACGGUGGUGAAAUCCCGUCCAUCGCGCUUGGAGGGUAGCUGUAUUCUCAGUAGCUUGAUAAGCUCCACCACACGGGGCAAGAGGCCCGGAGAUCAACCCCAGCUGAAUGCCACUUCAGAUGGGGAGGGAUCGCCCACCAAGUCCCCUCGCCUCCAGCCUGGUCCUUCACCGGUUGAAAGGCCAUCCCAGACUUCAUUCACCUUCUCUCGGGAGCUCAGCCAGGCAUCCGCUAAACAGCCCGGCCCUUCACCAGUCUCCCCUGGUGAAGCUAACUUCCAGAAACUCAGGAAUGGGCCCGAUGCCCAGGGAUCUGUGGCCAGUGACUCAGGCCCUCCGCUCCCCUCCUUUAACGACAUCAAGCUGCCAGAGUAUUUAGAGAAGUACCUUCCCCCACAGGAGCCUGUUGUGAGACUAGAGCUGAGCACAGGGCAGGAACUACUCCUAUCAGAGGUUGUUGGGAUGAAGCCACCAGGCGGUGUAGGUGUAAGAGAUGUCAGUAUCAGGCCUGGACUCCUUCCAAGUCUGUCUCCGAUUCCUCCAUCCAUAACAGCGGAAGUCAAAACGCACCUAGAUGGACUGGCUGAAAUUCAUAUUGGACAUAGAGACAGAGUGAAUGGAUUCCACAGACGCCCAGGAAAGAUGGUGUUGUUUGAGCAUGGCCAGUUCAGUGGCGAGGCCUACGAAGUCUUCAGAGAUGUGGUCGAUGCCACGCAUCUCCGGCUGUCUCCUGUGAUCUCUGUUAAGGUGGUGAGAGGAUGCUGGUUGCUUUACGAAAUGCCUGGGUUCGAGGGGCGUUCCAUUGCCCUGGAGGAGGGGCCUAUUGAGCUGACCAAUGUCUGGGCGAAUGAAGGGUCACUAGGUUCACACCCUCAAGUCGACCAACCAAUGGUCAUCGGCUCUAUCCGGCUGGCUGUAUGGGACUACAGCCUCCCCCAUAUCGACCUGUACACUGAGCCGGCGGGCCACGGCCGGCUCUCUGUGUACCACGACGAAACCGUAGAGCUGGGCUCCUUCGGCAUCCCCAACGCCACAGCCUCCAUCAAAGUCCACUCCGGAGUGUGGUUGGUGUUCAGCGAGCCGGGGUUCCAGGGCCUCCUGGCAGUGUUGGAGGAGGGGGAGUACCCCUGUCCCGAGACCUGGGGAUUCCCCACACCUUUCAUUGGAUCCCUCAGACCCCUGAAAAUGGGUGGCUUCAAGGUGGAGAAUCCUAAUGAAGUCAAGGCUGUGGUGUAUGAACAGCCUGGCUUUGAGGGACCCUCCCUGGAAAUCGACGGCGACGUCUUCCGUUUUGGGGGUGAAGCAGAUGACGAGGCGUCAAACGUGGAUUCCAUUGGACUGAAGUCUGUGGGCUCUGUGAAGGUUCUUGGAGGAUUCUGGGUGGGUUAUGACCAACCAGGGUUUGAAGGUCAACAGUAUGUCCUGGAGGAAGGAGAGUACCUGGACUGGAGGGACUGGGGAGGAGGGGCUGACCAGCUGCUCUCCAUGCGACCUGUGCUGGCUGAUUUCAUGUCACCUCACCUUAAGAUGUUCAGCGACAGAGACUUCGGGGCGCUGGGCGCCAACAUCGAUCUCCUAGAACCUAUUGUCGACUUGGAGGGCACGGGCUAUGGAACGAAGACGCAGUCCAUUGAUGUCGUAAGCGGAGUGUGGGUGGCGUUCGAGGAGGCAGGGUUCUCUGGAAAGAUGUAUCUGUUGGAGAAGGGCCUUUACGGAAACCCAGAGGACUGGGGGGCCCUCAGCUCCAAGAUGAACUCUGUCAUGCCUGUCACUCUGAAUAACCUGGGAAAUUCUGCCAAGUUUAAAGUACACUUGUUCUCUGAGCCUGGUUUCCAGGGUUCUGUCCACGUUCUAGAGGACAGUAUUCCUAAUUUGCCACAGGGGUUCUCCCUGGGUUCCUGUAAAGUGCUGGCUGGCAGCUGGCUGGCGUUCGAGGACUAUGGCUUCGAGGGGAAGAUGUACUUGUUAGAGGAAGGGGGCUACCCCGACCUCAGGGCCAUGGGGUGUGUGCACCCCAACUCCCCUGUCCGGUCCCUGCAGACCACUGGCUUCGAGUUCUCUCUUCCCUCCAUCACUCUGUUCGAGAGGUCAGGUCUCCGGGGCAAGAGGCUGGUUCUGACCGCCGGCUCCGUCAACCUGCAACUGGCUGGAGGCUGCAGCCGGGUCCAGUCUGUCCUGGUGGAGGGAGGCAUGUGGGUGUUGUAUGAAGGAAUAAAUUACCGCGGUGCACAGAUUAUCCUGAAGCCCAGCGAGGUGUCGGAUUGGCGCACAUUCAGUAGCUGGCAGCGGAUUGGAUCGUUACGCCCACUGAUCCAGCGACAGGUGUGCUUCCGUUUGAGAAGCCAGGAGGCGGGCCUUCUGAUGUCCGUCACCGGGGAGAUGGACGACAUCAAGCUGAUGCGUAUCCAGGCAACGGAGGAGACGGGCGGAGUCGAACAGAUCUGGUUCUAUCAGGACGGACAUAUACACUGCAAGAUGCUGGAGGAGUGCUGUCUGGCUCCCUGCACCAGCCUGGCCAUGCCAGGAAGUCGGAUGGGCCUGUCCCCAGAACCCGCCAAGCAGCCGUCCUGUUGGAGCAUCACGCACGACGGCCUCAUCCGCUACACUACGUCUACCAACCUGCUCCUGGAGGUCAAAGGUGGGCAAAAUUACGACAAAAAACAGGUUAUUCUCAACACAUUUGAUCCAGACAAACCCAACCAAAGAUGGACAGUGGAGAUUCUCUGAGAUCUUGCUAGAUGGCAGAGUGGGGUGAAGUGCAGCUUGACCAGGGGCAUCAGCGGCAGCGUGGACCCAUUCAGGGCUCAAGGACAAAAACUGAACAUUUGCUGCGGGAAAUGGAGCUUAUAUGUAGUAUAUUUCCUAUGAAAGGGUUAACAUGGAAAUAUGUCAAGCUUCUUGGAGAAUCUAUAACAUUGUGUUACAUCUUUACGCACAAACAUGGGACAGAACAGUAGUAUUAAAUACUAAUGUAAGACAAUGUGGACUCGUAUGAGCUAAGUUUAAAUGGACUCCAUUUCUUUCACAUAUCUAUCUGAUGUCGUGUGGUUGAUAUUGUAUGCUUUAACUUUUUGAUGAGUAUGUAUUGUUUUUAUAUACUUUUUUCCAGUUUGCCAUUAAUACCUUCAUGUAAAUAAAAGUGGGUAUUUAUCAAAUGUGA